AUGGGGCAGAAGAAACGGAAGCGGGAUGGCUAUGAGGAAGGCACGCUUGUCACUUUUCAUGCUCCGGACAAGGUGUUCUCCAGGGUGUACAAGGGCGAAUCUCUGAGCGAGACACGAGAGCAAGUGCGCAAAAAGCUGGAUCUUCCGAAUGACGCGUCCAUGCGAUUUGCGAGGAUGCAUGAGGGAAACGUGAUCGUGCUGGACGAUGAGGAUGACUUUGAAGCCUUCCGCUAUGUUGCACGGAAUUGCGACUCCAUUGAUGUUUCCGUUUUUGUGGGGUCCCAACCUUCCCCCAUUUUCGCUUCGUCUCCUGCUCCGGGUCCUCUCGUCCCGAAUUCAUCUCGCAAACGCAGUAUCAAACGCAAGAACGUGUCGGAUGUUGUCACUCCCUCCCGCGGUACAACUGGAACGCCACCAGCCGAACAGUCCGAGCCUGAUCCUACUUCCUCCCAAUCUCCCGCCCCAAACCCUACCAUCGACGCAAACGGCCUACCAAAGAAGAAGCGCGAGCGGAAAGCGUCCACUGUUCUCGAUCCACCAGGUAUGUUUUCCCAACCCGAGUUCUCGUAA